CACUCUCUUCCAUUAAUAUUCUUCCACUGCCCAAAACCAAAAGCCAAAAACAGUGACAUUAACUCCCCAAAAAUGGCCUUCAAGAAAUCAUCAAACAAGCUCUCACAGGCUGCAAUUCUCAAGCAUAUCAUGAAGAGGUGCUCAAGCUUAGGAAAGAAACAACAACAACAUAAUGAUGACGUACCCAAGGGCCAUUUCGUCGUUUACGUGGGAGAAAGCCGUAGCCGAUACGUCAUACCUAUUUCCUUCUUGUCCCGGCCGGAAUUCCAGAACCUGCUCCAACGAGCCGAAGAAGAGUUUGGGUUCGACCAUGAUAUGGGGCUAACCAUUCCUUGUGAAGAACAAGUCUUUGAGUCACUUACUUCAUUGAUCGCUUAAGGUUUUGCGUACGUGAAUUAGAGAAUAUACAUGAUCAGCUGCUACUAUAAUUUCCCUUUUUUAUUUUGGGUUUACUCUAACCAUGCAUUACCAAAUUAAUUUAAAGAAAACUUGUAAUGGGUUUUUUUUAAUUAAU